GAAAAAAACAUAUUUCUCUUUUUUUUUUUUAGGGUGAUCUCCGUCAUAGUAAGAAAUAAAAAAAUAAGAUUGUGUCUGAUUAGAACGUAUUCGAUAGAAUUUAGUUAGAGAGGAGGGUGAAGUUUAGAGCCCUGAUAAAGAUCACAUUAAGUGUCAUCAAUAUGAUAAAAUUAUUUUCAUUGAAACAACAAAAGAAAGAUGGAGAAACUGCAUCAGAAAGGGGAAAAAGAGCGUCUGCCGCGCAGUUGAGAAUACAGAAAGAUAUUAAUGAAUUAAAUCUACCCAGAACAUGUCAGGUGGAGUUUCCAGACCCAGAUGAUCUUCUCAAUUUUAAAGUCAUUAUCUCCCCAGAUGAGGAAUUUUACAGAGGUGGCCGAUUUGUUUUUAGCUUUAAAGUAGGUCAAGGCUAUCCUCAUGAUCCUCCUAAAGUAAAAUGUGAAACAAUGGUCUAUCAUCCAAACAUUGAUCUUGAAGGCAACGUGUGUUUGAAUAUUCUCAGGGAAGAUUGGAAGCCUGUUCUCACAAUCAAUUCAAUAGUUUAUGGUUUACAGUAUUUGUUUUUGGAACCCAAUCCAGAAGAUCCUUUAAACAAAGAGGCGGCAGAGGUUCUUCAAACAAAUAGAAGACUCUUUGAACAGAAUGUAGCCAAAUCAAUGCGAGGAGGGCAUAUAGGCACUGUCUACUUUGACCGAUGUCUCAUAUGAUGGCUUUGAAGUUAAAAUUCUAUUUGAUUAACUAGUGUUUUUCUUUUUUAAAAUACAAAUUUGAAAGAAAUGACAUUGAAGAAAAAUGGUUUCAUUUAUUUAGCUGAGACCAACAGUCUAAAGAAAUCUUUUUCCUAAAUGUGCAUCAUUUAUGUAUAAUUAAAAAACUACAUGUCAGUGAGUUUGGAACCAAAGGGAGUGUACUGUAGGUGAUACAAGCAAUUUGGCUGAAACAUUUAGCCGUGUUUCCUUAAGAGUAAGACAUUUUUUUUUUGGUGUGGAGAAAUUUGAAUAUUUUUUUUGUUCUGUAAUAACACGUCUAUAUAUUUUCUUGUAGCUGUUCCAUUCUACUUCAGCAUAAUUACUAUCUCUAAGUGCAACAGCAUGCAACCAAACUUCUUUAGAGUUAGGGGAGUCAUGGUUGAAACUAUCACUUCAUUCCCAGCUAAAUCUAAAGCAUGUAGUACCCAGAUCAUCAUUUACGUAUGAUGUAAAAUUGUUUUGAUUUGAUUGUAAAUAUUUAAAUGCAUUAAUAUAUAAAAUUGAAGAGUCCUUUUCCUAGCUAGAUACAAAAUUAAGAACAUUGCUUGCUUAUACAUAACUAUUUGAGUUUGGCUUUAUGUGAAAUCAUAUAUUCAAAUGUCAGAAUCCUAUGUCCAAAUGUCAGGAUUCAUUGUAAUCAAAUCACUUCUAUGUUUGUUCCUUCUUGUUCCACUAUCCAAGAAUAACUGGUAACUUGUGUUUGAAAACUAUUCCUCAGUAAUAAUAUUAUAAUUUUAGAAUUGCAGAUUUGAGUCGUGAAUGUUUUUUUUUUUUUUUUCUGCAAUGGUGUUUAUGGCCUUAUGUCUGCCAUGUUUAACAACACAGUCAACAAUUUCUGACUGCUUCAACUGUAACAUUGUCUAUGCUGUAGCUACAUGGACCAAAAUAUAUAUUUAUGACUGGCCAGAUGACUGAUAAUGUCUUAAGAGUUUUAAUUUUUUUUUUUAAAGAAUUUAUUGCUUUUGGCUGGAAAAGGGAUGCAUCUUUUGGAUAUUUUAUUUGUUCUCUGUGUGGUGAGUUUUUAACCAAAAUAGUUCUUUUUGUCCAAUCUUCACAUGAAAUUCCACACUUUUUUUUUUCGUUUUAUUAAAGAGCUUCAGUGGACACAAUUUAAUUUAAGACAUUAGGUCUUGAAUAAAUUAAAAUAAAUAUAACUUCAUGUAAGCAACCUGUGUGUGAGGGAAUGAACAUUAUUCCCCCCCCCCCCCCCCAAACCUAAUAAAAAAAAAAAAACUUUCGUUGCUCCUCUCCAAAAACUCAAGUCAAUAAAAAAUUUCUUUCUUUUAUUAUGAAGUUUUUUAAUUACCUGUCCCUGUUUCUUGAUAGUUUUAUUUUAUUUCAAUUGUUUUAGAACCGAUAUAUUCAAACAUUGUAAACUAUUUCUUUCUUAUAGAGUAUCCUAUCCACCCAAACUGUAAAUCUUCAAUAGUUUAGAAUGCCAGUGUCAUUAAUAAAUAUUGGAGUGCCUUGUAAAUACAUUUCUUGUGCUCAAUGAUCAGAAAGCAAUGGUUAUUUUUGGACGAGCUUAUGACUUCUACUGGCAUGGGUUGUUGAUAUGGUGGGUUUUGAACAAAAUGGGCCAAACAUCAUUUAAAAACAAAAUACUAAUGAAAGAUGGUAUAAUUUCUAUUAGAUACAAUUACAAGGAAAAUGGUAUCAGAAUUCAGGGUGUUUUUUUUUUUUUUUUUUCAGGAUUUUUGUGUAAAUAUCUGAUAGUUUGUAAUCUCUUUUUCAUAGGGAUCACCUCUAAAAUUCAGUCAUUAAUUAAAAAUCAAAGGGGAAAUAAUGUCUUUAAUAGAGGUAUCAUUAGGGGAGUAGCACAUUGCAUCUUUAUCUCCCUUCUUUGCCCUAGUUGAAGAGAAAUUUUUUUACUUAAGAAAUUGUUGGCCUAAGGUCAUUGUCAAGUUAAGUUUCACACUAUGGUUUUAGUGAUUCCCUAACUUUCGUUUUGGUGAUAACAAGUGUAAAAACAUUUGACCUUAUAUUUUAGAUUUACAUAUAUUUCCGAUUAUGGAAGCGUUACCUGAUUAUGGUUCCUGAGUUUAAAAAUGCAUGUCAUAAAUAAAUCUAAAAAAAAAAGACUUUUGAAAUAAUUCCUGCCAAGAUUUAAAAAAAAUAAAAAAUUCGAUAGAUACCAGUGCAACUAUUUAUAGAUAUUCUUUGUUGUAAAUCAAUCCAACUAAAAGCAAUGUAGGAAUAAUGUCAUACAAUUUUGUUAUUAGCUAGAAAUAAAGUUGGCGUCCUAAUGUACCAAUCUGUAGGACAUUAUCUUACACAUUUCUUUUCAGGUUGUUGCAUGUAGACUUUAGGUUACUAAAUGCUGCACUCUUGGUAAACUCUGUCUUGAAGGGUGUCAGCUGUGUCUACAUCAGUAACUCAGGACUUGAGUGGAGCUUUUGUUUUAGCAUUCAAUGUUUCUUAAUUCUCAGUUACCGUUAUUCCAUUACAUCAUUGCUUUCAGUCAAAUGGUCGUUUGAUAUAUCUUGUGCUUGGUUUGAAAAUAUUCUUGGUUUAAAUUAAACUCACUUAAUAAUAACUUAA